AUGUCACUGCACCCAAGAUCGCUGCUGGUGUUCGGUGCGUCGAGCCCCACGGGCCAACAGAUUGUGGCCGAGGCCCUCCGGACCGGGUGGAAAGUUACCAUCUAUGGCCGUCGGAUCCUGCCGAUCCACGCCCAGAACGCUGAGAUUACAGCACUAGAAGGCACGCUACAAGAUGAAGCCCAACUCCACCGCGCAAUCCAGGGCCAAACUGCCAUCGUCUCCGUGCUGGGCCCGUCCGGAAUGACGAUAAAAGAUACCCCGUUUCCAGACUUCUACCGGCGCGUCUUCCGGCUGAUGCGCGAGUUGCAUGUCUCCCGCAUCCUCGCGCUGAGCACUUUCAGCGUCCCCCACCCGCGGGAUCGGUUCAGCCUCGCGUGCAGCGUGCUGGUGGGAAUGCUCCGGGUCCUGGGGCGCAGCGCAUGGCGGAAUCUCAUCGAGGUGGCGCGGGCGUUUGACGAGGACGCCCAAGACUUGGAGUGGACGUUGUUUCGGGUCGGGUUUCUGAAAGAUCAGGGGCCUGGGUUGGUGGUGGAGGGUUAUGUGGGUGACGGGGCGUUAGGGUUAGGGGUCAAUCGGUGCGAUGUGGCGCGGUGGGUGGUCGAGCAGGCGGCUCUGGAUCAGGCGGAGCAUGUGCGGGAUAAGCCGGGGAUCUCCUCCGCUUGA